CGGUCCUAGAUUUGGAGCCGGCGCCCUCGCUGGCUGGGAGGGAAAACAACGCUGCAACUGUAAAGAUGGCCGCCACGGUUACUCUCUCGUCCUCCACUACGGCUCCGGCUAUGGCGACGGCCACAGCAGCGGCUCUCGGGGAGGUGGAAGAUGAGGGACUCCUGGCAUCCCUGUUCCGCGACCGCUUCCCCGAGGCCCAGUGGCGGGAGCGGCCCGAUGUGGGCCGUUACCUACGAGAGUUGAGCGGCUCGGGGUUGGAGAGCUUGCGGCGCGAGCCCGAGCGCCUGGCGGAGGAGCGGGCGCAGCUGCUGCAGCAGACGCGCGACUUGGCCUUCGCCAACUACAAGACCUUCAUCCGCGGAGCCGAGUGCACUGAGCGCAUCCAUCGCCUCUUCGGCGACGUGGAGGCGUCGCUCGGCCGUCUGCUUGACCGCUUGCCCGGCUUCCAGCAGAACUGCAGGGACUUUGUGAAGGAGGCCGAGCAGAUCAGCUCCAACCGCCGAAUGAACACCCUGACUCUGAACCGGCACACGGAGAUCCUGGAAAUCCUGGAGAUUCCGCAGCUCAUGGACACCUGCGUCCGCAACAGCUAUUACGAAGAGGCCCUGGAGCUUGCAGCCUACGUCCGCCGACUGGAAAGAAAAUACUCCUCCAUCCCUGUCAUCCAGGGCAUCGUGAAUGAAGUGCGCCAGUCCAUGCAGCUGAUGCUGAGCCAGCUGAUCCAGCAACUGAGAACCAACAUCCAGCUCCCCGCCUGCCUCCGCGUCAUUGGUUACCUGCGGCGCAUGGACGUCUUUACAGAGGCCGAGCUGAGGGUCAAGUUUCUUCAGGCAAGAGAUGCUUGGCUCCGUUCCAUCCUGACUGCCAUCCCCAAUGACGAUCCCUAUUUCCACAUCACCAAAACCAUCGAGGCCUGCCGAGUUCACCUCUUCGAUAUCAUCACCCAGUACCGUGCCAUCUUCUCGGACGAGGACCCCCUGCUGCCCCCUGCUGUGGGGGAGCACACCGUGAACGAGAGUGCCAUCUUCCAUGGGUGGGUGCUACAGAAAGUGUCACAGUUCCUGCAGGUGCUGGAGACCGACCUUCACCGAGGAGUAGGUGGCCGCCUGGACUCCCUGCUGGGCCAGUGCAUGUACUUCGGGCUGUCCUUCAGUCGAGUGGGGGCUGAUUUCCGGGGCCAGCUGGCUCCUGUUUUCCAGCGGGUAGCUAUCAACACCUUCCAAAGAGCCAUUCAGGAAGCAGUGGAGAAAUUCCAGGAUGAAAUGAACUCGUACACCCUCCUCUUGAUUCCAGCUAUCCUGGGCAGCAGUAACAUUCCUGCUGCUGUGCCAGUGACUCAGCCGGGGACGCUGCAGCCACCCAUGGUGCUGUUAGACUUCCCACCCCUUGCCUGCUUCCUCAACAAUAUCCUGGUUGCCUUCAAUGACCUGCGCCUCUGCUGCCCUAUAGCCCUGGUGCAGGAUGUGACCAGGGCCCUGGAGGAUGCCCUUACCAAGGUAACCCGAGUCAUCCUGGCCUUCCAUCGGGCUGAGGAGGCUGCCUUCACCAGUGGGGAGCAAGAGCUCUUCGUCCAGUUCUGCACCGUCUUCCUGGAAGACCUUGUUCCUUACUUAAAUCGCUGUCUUCAGUUGCUUUUCCCACCAGCUCAGAUAGCACAGACUUUAGGCAUUCCACCCACGCAGCUCUCCAAGUAUGGCAACCUCGGGCAUGUGAACAUCAGUAUCAUCCAGAAGCCUCUCGCCUUUAUCCUGCCGAAGACAGAGAUAGUCUUCUCUCUCGAGGAGAAGGAAGUAGUGCCUGAAGUCCCACCUGUAGCCCCAGAACUUCCGGUGGAAGAGCCAAGCCCGAAACCUAUCACUCCAGCUUCUCCUGAGGGUGGGCGGGAGAAGACAGAGCUGCUGCAGACGGAGCCGCAGCCCCUGCCCGAGGAGCUAUUGCAGAGGGAGGCACCGCAGGCAGAUCUACCUACUAUCGGGGUGUAA